UGCUCCUGUGUUCCCAGUCCAGUGCGGCAGGCGCGAGAGGGAAAGGAGGAGAGCGUGGAAGAGUCCAAGCUGAAAAAGAGGGGGAGAAGGAGGCUCAUUGGGAGCCAGACCUUAGGAAAACAGCAGAGGAGGAGCCAGCGCCACCCCCGCAAACGGCGUUGGUUUCGCCCGGGGAGCCGGUCUGGAGAGCUGGGACGUCUCCCCGCCUUGGCUCCUGCAGGAAAAGCCCAGCCGCCUCCCUUCAGGGUUUGCUGAAAGAGGGAAGCCAGGGCAGGAAGGAGCCCUUCUUAUAACCUGUCAGGAAGGAAGGACCGCGUUUGGUUUUAUUUGAAAGGCAAGCGAGGAAAAUAAAGACAAAGCGCCUGGAGAAGGGGAGAAAAGAACCACAGAGGACACAUUCCUGUGCUGAGGCUUCAAAGGGAAGAGGAUUUCUCUCCCUUCCAUCCAAGGCUGCUGCUGAGGGCCACGAGCAAAUCUGGGGGUUCUCUCGGCCUGGCAUCAUGUAAAAUAGACUAUUUUGCGGGGGAAAUAUCUCUAUCUAUAUCUAUCUAUCUCCUAAGGGAAGUGGGAGGACAAUGGGGGAUGCUGUGGAGGCCAAGGAGCUGAGGAAGACGUUUAUUGUCCCAGCCAUCAAGCCCUUCGACCACUACGACUUUCCCCGGGCCAAGAUCGCCUGCAAUCUCGCCUGGCUGGUGGCCAAAGCUUUUGGGACAGAAAAUGUACCAGAGGAGCUUCGAGAACCAUUUUAUACAGAUCAAUAUGACCAGGAACAUAUUAAACCUCCCGUCGUUCAUUUGCUGCUGUCUGCUGAACUCUACUGUCGUGCUGGGAGUCUAAUUUUGAAGAGCGAUGCUGCCAAACCACUCCUUGGCCAUGAUGCUGUUAUCCAAGCCCUGGCACAAAAAGGCCUCUAUGUCACUGACCAAGAGAAACUGGUAACGGAGAGAGACUUGCACAAGAAACCCAUUCAGAUGAGUGCUCAUUUGGCCAUGAUUGACACCCUCAUGAUGGCAUAUACGGUGGAAAUGAUCAGUGUGGAAAAAGUGAUUGCAUGUGUACAGCAAUAUUCAUCCUUCUUCCAAGCCACAGAUCUACCCUAUGACAUAGAAGAUGCUGUCAUGUUCUGGAUAAAUAAGGUAAAUGAACACUUAAAAGACAUCAUGGAACAAGAGCAAAAACUUAAAGAGCAUCUUAGUGUUGAAACUCCGGGAGGUCAAAAGUCUCCUUCCAAAUGGUUUUGGAAACUGGUUCCUGCUCGAUACAGGAAGGAACAAGCUCUGCUUAAGCAGCUGCCCUGCAUCCCAUUGGUGGAAAAUCUGCUAAAGGAUGGUACAGAUGGCUGUGCUUUAGCUGCUCUGAUCCAUUUUUACUGCCCAGAUGUAAUCCGGUUGGAAGAUAUCUGUUUAAAGGAAACCAUGUCAUUGGCUGACAGCUUGUAUAAUUUGCAACUGAUACAAGAAUUUUGUCAGGAGUAUUUGAAUCGAUGUUGCCAUUUCUCACUUGAGGAUAUGCUAUAUGCUGCUUCUUCAAUAAAGAACAAUUAUUUGGUGUUCAUGGCAGAACUCUUCUGGUGGUUUGAAGUAGUGAAACCUUCAUUUGUGCAACCUCGAGUUGUAGUUCAUCCCCAAGCUGAACCCACAAAACAAGCAUCUUCCCUUUCUGAUGCAAAUGCCAAUAGAAGACACUAUCCUGAUGUUUCACGUGAUUCUGAGCUGACAGCAAGCAUGGAGGGUCCAUCCCAUCAGAUUCUUCCUAGCCAUGGACACCAACAGCCUUAUUCCUCUGCUGCAGGCAGCAUUAGAAGAUCUUCAUCAAUGUCUUAUAUGGAUGGAUACGUAGGAACAUGGCCCAAGGAAAAAAGAUCUUCAGUGCAUGGAGUUUCAUUUGACAUUUCCUUUGAUAAAGAGGACAGCAUGCAUAUUAGAACUCCAAAAAGAGGCAUUACUAGAUCUCUCAGCAAUGAAGGUCUUGAGCAAAAUGCGAACCGUAUGCCAAGACAUAUUAGAAAGAACAUCUCAUUCAAGCCUGUGAAUGGUGAGGAAGAAAGUGACGAUAUUGAAGAAGAAAAGGAUGUUGAAUUUUACAGUCAUCUAGAGGACAAUAGCAAUCAGAGGAAUGCUAACCAAAUUAAUCCAUACUGCCUGCCAAAUGGAGCACUGCAAAAUAGGUUGGUCACUGAUGAAUUUGGCAAUCAGAUUGAGACACCAAGCAUUGAGCAGGCAUUGCAAAUUAUCCAUGAUAAUGAAAAAUCUUCCGGUGUUACUCAGCCAGAACAAAUUACGAAUGGAUUUUUCCUUCACAAUGCAGAGAUGAGCAUCCUAAACUCAAAUCUAAAAUCCAAUCAGACUAGUCCUGACAUCAUUGCAGAUACUAAAGGUGCCCUUAGUCCUGUGACUGACAAUACAGAAGUGGAUACUGGAAUCCAUGUCCCCUCAGACAUUCCAGAGACUAUGGAUGAGGAUUCAACUUUGAGGGAUUAUACCGUCAGUUUGGACUCAGAUAUGGAGGAGUCAUCUCGAUUUCUGCAUGAAUAUGAUGGCAGAGGCAGCAACCACAAGGAGUUACUGAGUCCUUGUCCAAGCUCGGUCAGUGCCAAAUCACAAGCGGGUAGCAGCGCAUCCUCAAGUUCAGGAAUAAAAAUGACCAGCUUUGCAGAACAGAAAUUUAAGAAGCUGAAUCAUACAGAUAGUAGAAGUAGCGGUAGCAGUUCUCAGAAAACAACCCCGGAGGGCUCUGAGCUGAACAUUCCUCACAUGGUUUCGUGGGCUCAAAUACCGGAGGAAUCCCCUGUCCCUCAGAGCAGAGAUACAACACAGUUGCUGGCCUCUGAAAUGGUGCAAUUGAAGAUGAAGCUGGAAGAGAAGAGACGAGCCAUUGAAGCACAGAAAAAGAAAGUUGAGGCUGCGUUCACGAAGCAGAGGCAAAAAAUGGGAAGGACAGCAUUCCUUAGCAUCGUGAAAAAGAAAAGUGAUACGAUUUCCCCAUUCAGAGAAGAAGCAGCUGGAGCAGAGGAUGAGAAAGUGUUUACUGACAGCACUAAGUUGAAAGAAAAAGAAACCCCAAAACCUGGUGAACAUCUAAACAAGAUGGCAGAGAUGAUCAAAACAAGCAGCGAAAAGCCUCAUGUUAAAUGGCUAAAGUCUCCCAAUACCACAGUGGAUACAGAAAAGCAAUGUCAUCUGGUAAGUCCAUCAGAAGACAAUUUAAAUGAAGGAGACUUUUUGGAGUAUACAAAAUCUAUUGAGAAGCUCAAUUCAUCUCUGAACUUCCUUCAGCAAGAAAUGCAGCGCCUAUCACUUCAGCAAGAGAUGCUCAUGCAGAUGCGGGAACAACAGGCCUGGGUUAUUUCACCCCCUCAGCCUUCCCCUCAGAAACAAAUUAGGGAGCUCAAGCCAUCAUUGAAAUUUACUGGAUCAUCUGCACCCAUUGCCCCAUUUUCUGUGGAAUCCCCUCGACCUUCCCACCAAUCCCCACAGGCAUCUUCUAGGAAGAAUUCAACUCUCCCUGUUAAAAUGCAAAGGACUCCAAGGCCAAAUGAACUGAAAUUAACCCCUUUGAAUCGCACUUUGACUGCACCACGAUCAGUGGACAGCCUUCCUCGUCUGAGAAGAUUUUCUCCAAGUCAGGCAUCCAUUCAGACUAGAUCAUUUGUUUAUUUUGGAGAUGAUGGUGAACGUAACCUGUCAAAGGAGGUCAAAAGUACAACAGAAGAAGCUCCUGGCAAAGAAGACACAGCUAAAGGAGAAGGUGGAGAAAAAGCAACUGAAGAGCUUGAUGAGCAAAAACCAGAGCAGCAGCAGCUCCUCAAGCCCCUGGAAUCUACAGUCUCAGAAGUUCUCUCCCAACCCAUUACGGAAAUUGUCCGCCUUACUCCCAGUGAAGAGCUGCUGGAUCCAUCAUCAUUGCUAGUGCCUCCACCUAAAACAGUUAACCUCAUAGAGGUUUCCCUUACAGAUUUGAAGCCGCCUGAAAAAUCAGAAGAGAUCGUGGAGAAAUCAGAGGGCGAGAGUGACAAAGAACAGUUGGAAGACGACCAAAAAUUGUGCUGUGGGUUCUUUUUUAAGGAUGAUCAAAAACCUGAAAAUGAUAUGGCAGUGAAACGGGCCGCAUUGUUGGAGAAGCGAUUGAGAAGAGAAAGAGAAACCUUACUUCGAAAGCAGCAGUUGGAAGCAGAGUUAGAAACUAAGAAAGAAGAAACAAAAUGGAGAGGCUUUCAGGAUGUUGGGAGCACAGAAGGGAGGAAGUCUGAGGAGGAACGUCAGAAGAAGGAAGAUGAAAAAGCACGGCGAGAAUUCAUUAAGCAAGAAUACAUGAGACGAAAGCAGCUGAAGCUCAUGGAGGACAUGGACAUUAUCAUCAAGCCCCGUUCCCACUCAGCCAAGCAAAAGAAGCCACGACCCAAAUCCAUUCAUAGAGACCACAUUGAAUCACCCAAAACCCCAAUCAAAGGUCCUCCAGGUUCACAACCUGACUGUGUUGUUGAUGUUGUUUCCCCCCCAUCCCCAGUGUCUAGCCUUUCAUUGGCAUCACUGAAUACAGGAGACAAUGAGAGUAUUCAGUCAGGCAAGAGAACGCCAAGAUCCGAGUCUGUGGAAGGAUUCAUAUCUCCAAGUCGUUGUGGCAGCCGUAAUGGAGAGAAGGAUUGGGAAAAUGCAUCAACAACCUCUUCAGUUGCUUCUGCUACAGAAUAUACAGGACCAAAGCUCUACAAAGAACCCAGUGCAAAAUCCAACAAGCAUAUAAUUCAAAAUGCUCUGGCUCAUUGUUGCUUGGCUGGAAAAGUAAAUGAAGGCCAGAAGAAUAAAAUAUUAGAGGAAAUGGAGAAAUCGGAUGCCAACAACUUCCUAAUCCUCUUCCGGGACUCAGGUUGCCAGUUCCGAUCUUUGUAUACGUACUGCCCUGAGACUGAGGAAAUCAGUAAGUUGACUGGGAUAGGCCCCAAAUCCAUCAGCAAGAAAAUGAUUGAAGGGCUUUAUAAGUACAACUCUGACAGGAAACAAUUCAGCCACAUACCUGCUAAAACUCUGUCAGCCAGUGUCGAUGCAAUCACCAUUCACAGCCAUUUGUGGCAGAGCAAGAGACCAGUAACGCCGAAAAAACUCCUGCCUGCAAAAGCAUAGUGACUUGAGAGGAGGAUGCCUUGCUGAAGACAGUUGUGGGAAACUUUGCACUUCAUUAUUUGCUGCCUAUCAGAAGAGAGGUUCCUAUUUGCCAAGGAAACUGUGGACUGAGAACAAGCUCUGUCGCCAUGCACAACUGGAAUGUAAACACCGUAUUGAAGACUUACAGAAAAUGAACACUUAAGGGAUUCAUGCAGUCGUGUGCUCAUGAAAUCUUGUGUUGCCAGUUCAGAUAGGUAUGUGCUAACACGCCAUUUAUAGAGGGUUUGCUUUGGGUUUAAGACACUGAAUCAUUGAAUGUUUGCAAAUCUGCAGUGACCGAAAUCAAAGCAUUUUUAUAUAUAUUGCCUUAUACUUUGGUAUAUUCAUGCCUGUUUUGGAAUUUGCUUGUGUUCAUUAUAACUUGACUGGAGAAAUUUCUGUCUUGAUUUGCUGCACCAUUAAACUGUUAGUACCCCACAAUUUUUUAAAAGGGCACACAUUUAUUUUCCAAUGGAAGAGAACUAUAUAUACAUCUCUUUUUUUCGGCUCUCGUUUGUUUCCAGGGAAAAUUCAGGAUGAUUUUUCUCUCAGACAAUAUCCAAGAUUAAAUGUUGUUUGCACAUCUUGGAUUUUGACCAAGAAAUGUGAUACCAAGACGUUUCUUGUUCCUCCAAGAUGCUCAGAAAGAUAUUGCUGUAAAAGUUACAUAAUAUUUUAAAAAUCAGUCAUGGCCCUGAUCUAGGGAAGCAUGAGCUUUGUAUGCACUGGUGCUCCCCCUCUUUCAAUCCUCCCCCCUUCUUUGUUUUCUUUUUUUAAAAACAGGGAUCUUCCUUACAAUUCUGCCCAAGCAAAUAGUACCCUGAAAUGUAAGUAGCUCAGGAGUGUUAUUUGGUUUUAAGAAACACAUGCAAAUAAAACAACAUUGCUAAACAACACAGGCAUACUAGUAAGGAGGCUCCUGGGAUUGGGUCCAUGUAUUUCUUCACUUCAAAAGUCUAAACACAACAAUAGUAACUAUGCUAAAAUGUACUUUUCACAUGUGUCCUUUAAAAGGAAUUUAUGUAGAUAUAUCUACUGAUAAAAGCUAUUCUGAUAUGUUCCCAGUAUGCCACCUAACGUAUGGACCAAAGAUUUUUUUUUUCUUCAUAGACACACAAGAUACUAAUUUAAUUUUAUUAAAACAUACAAAACAGUAUUAAUUGGGAUACAUAGCAUUUUGAGAAUGGCAAAGAUCUACAAAUGUGUACUAAUGUUAACAGCUAACCAAAAUAAUUACUAUGACGUUUUUGCAGUAUUUACAAAGGGCUGCAUAUCUCUUUUAUGUUAGAAAAGACAUUUUUUGCUUGGAAAUUUGUUUUAAAGGAUCCUACUCAAUAAAGCAAGCACUCUUUCAGCAGGUAAGGAAGUACUAACUUGAAACCUUCCGUUAUUUUUGUGAGUGUUGGGAGGGUUUUUUUUGUGGGGUUUGUGUUUUUGACAUUUGUACACCAGAAGACUUGGUUUGGGGGUGGGUGGGAGGGAAACAGGUUGGAACCUCAUUCUCAGGAAAAGACUUGAAUUACUGACAACCCUGUUUAGUUUCAUCAUUGUGAAAGGUGUUGGAACUGAAAGACAGUAUUGAACUAGCUGUCUUCAAAUAUAUACUUUAAUAAGUGUUCUGCAGUAUUGAAAAACUCUACAGCUUCUCCCACUGAUCUGCUUGAUUUGGAGAAGUAGUGUUUCACUACAGUCUGCUUGUGUUCUUUAUAUAGAUGUACAGGAAUGGGAAGUCCUUAAGUAAUUUAGAGAACAAUACUUUUUUUAAAUUAUUAAAAGGCCUUAGGCAUUAAUGCAUCUGGGUUGUUUAUCAACAUUUUCUCAGAAAUGCAGUCAAUGUUUUACUGUAACUUAUGUUCUUAUUUUUAUGUAUAUUUGUUAAAACUGUAAAAAAAAACAAACCUUUCCCUCUCAUUUAAUAGGUAUGUGGCUCACAUCUGUUUGUGGUUAGCUGAUUCCUAUUGUUUGCAUGUAUAUGGACCAGGAUAUCUAACUCAUAACUUUUAUAUAUAUGAGAUAGAAAGUCUAUACCUUCUACCUUCUAGGCUUAUCCUUCAGCUAAUGGCAUAGGAUAAACAUUUUGCACAUCAAUGUAAAACUAAAUCUAAAUGAAAACCAGCCUAGUGCAUUUAUGGUUGGAAAAAGCUACUAGGACAUAAAUGGGAUAGACAAAAACAGAAAUUACAUUUAAGGAUUGUUUAAUCAAGUAUUAUUGCUAAAAGAGAAAUGUAAUUUAAAGUUGCAUACCAUCUCCUGAAUAAUGUACAUCUGUCCAAAUAGGAUGAUUUGUGAAAUGUGACAGAGUUGGGUGGUAAUUUUAAAUUAUCGAAUGUAUUAUGAAUUUUGCCUACAGUUCAGAAAGAGACAUUUGUGCAGUAUCUAAAGGUAGAAUGUGAAUCAUGCAAUUAAAGGCUGAAAAUGUUGGAAUUAAAACCGUACUACGUUCUUAAAAAGCAAGGACAAUAUUUUUAUUUGUAAGCCUGCAAAUUUUCUAAUGACAAUGUAUCUUCGUUUAGGAUAUCGUUUAGGAAAAGAAAAGACUUUUGUGAAGAAACCCAGUGGUUUUCAGUGACAUUAUCAGAACACACUGGUGCUUUCAUCAGAAGGGUGUUGUUUUUAAUUGUUUAUAUGACAGAAUUUGCCAAACAUCCUAAUUUCCAGGCCAGGUGUUCAAACUCCAACAGUCAUUGUGGCUACUGAACCAAUUUUUGGGUGACUGUUGGCAUGUUUGUUUUAAUGCUUUGGCUGUUUAAAGCCAAAUCUUGUUUAUUUAUAAUUUAAUGGGCACAGUUGGUUGAGAAAUGUACAGUGUCUUAUGCGCUUACUUGUCCACUUUUGUGGGGCUUUGCAAUCCUUUUUAUUUUAUUUUCAGAUGCUGUGCUGUAAGAUAUUGUCAUAUAGCUUCUUACCUAGUACAAUGUAGUUCUUCCCUUCCAUCUAAAUAAAAGGCAUGGCACCAAA